AUGUCAACAGGAUCAAUUGAUGGAUUGCGUGUAAUAGAAAACUUUAUAACUCUCGAAGAGGAGUCUGAACUGAUAAAUGAAAUAGAUAAGCGAGAAUGGGGCGGUAAUGGCCUCCCUCCCAACCCAGAGAUGAAACGACGCUCACAACAUUACGGAUAUGAAUUCAGUUAUCGAUAUAGGAAUGCUCGGUAUAUGGGACCGCUUCCAUCGAUGCUCUCGUUUAUAUUGUCCCGUCUUGUGUCAGAGGAUAUAGUUGCAACUCCACCUGAUAUGUGUACCGUAAACGAAUACAACUUGAAACAAGGCAUAAUGCCUCACACGGACGUUGUAUCGCUUUUUGGUCCGACAAUAUUGUCGCUCUCUCUCUUGUCCCCUUGUUUGAUGCGAUUUGAGAAAGAAGGCGAAGAUGAGAUUAAAGUGCUGUUACCCCAAAGAUCACUGUUAGUAAUGGCCAAGUCAUCCCGAUUUGACUAUAAGCAUUCGAUAUCAAAAGACGAGAUUGAGUAUUUAGGCGAUCAAAAGAUCGUUAGAGGUAGAAGGGUAAGCUUGACUUUUAGGAAUAUUAUAAAAGAGGGAUUGAAUUAA